CAAUUUAGACGGAGCUAAACAAAUUGGCGAGUCGGGUCUAUAACUCCUCAGUGCUUAUUAAAAAGUAAUUGGAGUAAUCCGCUAAAAUGUUAGUUCUUUACGGAGGUUCUGCCUUGACAUCUCAUAACCAGAAGAAGCUUUUAGAAGCUACGGUUUCAGCCUUUGAACGUAUAGAAGCUGUAUAUUUUUAUUUAAUUCAAACAAAAGAGGGAGUUUCUGUGUCGUCUAAUGACCUGAAACCAAUUUUAUCUGACUUGAGAUCAGAUGAUUAUAUACCAUCAGGUCCUACGAUUGCCUAUGUUUUUCCUCGUACUGGUACUAUCUCUCCAUGGUCUUCGAAAGCUACUAAUAUUGCAAAUGUAUGCAAUCUGAAGGGAGUGAAUCGUAUUGAACGUGGUAUAGCAUAUUCGGUAACACUGAAACAAGGUGUGUCUGAGAACAUUUACCAAAUUGCUUUCACUAAUUUGUUCGAUCGUAUGACCGAAACACUCCGUUAUGAGCCUCCCAAGGAAGAUGAAGUUUUUAACACUCAUGAACCUGCGCCUCUUGUAACAAUUGAGCUUGGCUAUAGCAAAGAAGCCGAUAAGGAAGCUGCCAAACGUCGACUAGCGGAAGCCAAUGUAAAAUUUGGUUUAGCUCUUGCUUCGGACGAGAUUGAUUACCUAGUCGAGUGCUAUAGCAACGAGCCAUCAUUAAAACAUCGCGAACCAACCGAUGUUGAACUUUUUAUGUUUGGUCAAGUCAAUUCUGAACAUUGCAGACAUAAAAUUUUUAAUGCUGACUGGACUAUUGACGGAAAGAAAAUGGACAACUCAUUAUUCAAAAUGAUUCGUAAUACCCAUAAACUAAAUCCCGAUUAUACCAUCUCUGCAUAUUCGGAUAAUGCCGCUGUUUUUGAAGGAAAUCCUGGUACUAAUUUCUUUCCCAUCAAUGGUGAAUGGACAAUGAAAGAUGAAAAGAUCGAUUUUCUCGGGAAGGUCGAGACCCAUAACCAUCCUACUGCAGUUUCGCCUUUUCCGGGUGCUGCUACUGGCUCUGGUGGUGAAAUUCGCGAUGAAGGAGCCGUUGGUCAAGGGUCAAAAUCAAAAGCUGGUUUAGCUGGAUACAACGUUUCUAAUUUACAUAUUCCUGGUUUUAAACAGCCUUGGGAAAUAGAUGUUGGCAAGCCUUUUCAUAUUGCCUCUGCCCUUGAUAUUAUGUUAUCUGCCCCAAUUGGAAGCUCUUCGUUCAAUAAUGAGUUUGGUCGUCCUUGUAUCAAUGGCUAUUUCCGCACACUUACCAUGGAGGUGCCUAGAGCUGAUGGAACAGUAGAAUAUCGUGGAUAUCAUAAACCAAUUAUGGCUGCAGGCGGUGUUGGUUGCAUUCGAAGACAGCACGCUUUCAAAAAACCCAUUUCUCCUGGAAGUCCUAUUAUUGUGCUCGGUGGUCCUGCUCUCCUAGUAGGUUUAGGUGGUGGUGCUGCGUCCAGCAUGAGCUCCGGUGAAGGUUCUGAAGAUUUGGAUUUUGCAUCAGUGCAACGAGGAAAUCCAGAGAUGCAACGUCGGGCACAAAUGGUGAUUGAUACUUGCACUGCGAUGGAAGACAACAUUAUUCAAUCCAUUCAUGAUGUUGGUGCUGGAGGUGUUUCCAAUGCACUUCCUGAAUUAGUCCAUGAUGCUGGAUUGGGUGCCAGAUUUGAGCUCCGUGAUAUUCCUUGUAUCGAACCUAGUAUGUCACCUAUGCAAAUCUGGUGUUGUGAAUCUCAAGAACGUUAUGUUCUAUCAGUGAAACCCGAGGAUCUCGACUUGUUUAAGGGUAUUUGUGAACGUGAAAGAUGUCCUUACGGUGUUGUUGGCUAUGCUACUGAGGAGCAACGGUUAAUUUUGACAGAUCGCCUUUAUAAGAAUACUCCAAUUGACUUGCCUAUGGAAGUUUUAUUUGGUAAGCCUCCAAAAAUGUCUCGUGUUGAUAAUUCUGAUCCAAUUGUCUUAAAGGAGUUUGAUUCCUCCUUACUUUCUUACAUACCUGUUGCCAGUCAUCCAAUCGCUGAUGCUGUUCAGCGUGUUUUGCAUAUGCCCGCAGUAGCAUCAAAAUCAUUCUUAAUUACAAUUGGCGAUCGUAGCAUUACCGGUCUUGUUGCUCGCGAGCAAAUGGUUGGACCUUGGCAAGUUCCUGUAGCUGAUGUUGCUGUCACCGUCACUUCUUACGAUAAGGGUACCACUACAGGUGAAGCAUUUGCCAUUGGUGAGAAGCCCAUCACCGCUCUUAUCUCAUCAGCUGCUUCAGCUCGUAUGGCUGUCGCUGAAUGUAUAAUGAAUAUGGCUGCUGCCUCGCUCCCUGAAUUAAAUCAUAUUCGUUUGAGUGCUAACUGGAUGUCUUCCCCAUCUCAUUCUGGUGAGGGUGCCAAGUUAUAUGAAGCUGUUCAGGCUAUUGGUUUAGACUUUUGCCCUCAAUUGGGCAUCAGUAUCCCAGUCGGUAAAGACUCUAUGUCAAUGAGUAUGAAAUGGAUGGAAGACUCCCGCGAGCAAUCUGUCACCGCUCCUUUGUCGCUUAUUAUUACAGGCUUUUCUUCUGUGAAUAAUGUUGAAUCUAUCUGGACUCCUCAGCUAAAACGUGAGACUGAAAUUGGACCAUCCUCGUUGCUAUAUAUAGAUUUGGCUAAAGGUAAACAACGUCUAGGCGGUUCAAUUAUUGCUCAGUGUUACAACCAGUUAGGAGAUGAGGCUCCUGAUGUUGAAGACGUAGAACUACUCAAAUCUUUUUUCGCUGUUAUAACUGAGCUUCACAAUACAGAUUAUAUACAAGCUUAUCAUGACAACUCUGAUGGUGGUUUAUUUGUUACUGUUUCAGAAAUGGCCUUUGCUGGACGUGUUGGUGUGAUUUCAAAUCUUGAUUCGUUCUCCAACGACAAUAUUGCUACUUUGUUCAAUGAAGAACUGGGUGCCGUAAUACAAGUUCGGGAUAGUGAUCUUGAUAGUAUAUAUGAUAUUUUCAGAGUUCAUGGACUUGUGGAUGCUGUCAAGAAGUUUGGUAAAGUCAUCUCUAGUGAGGCUCAAGAGAUUGUGUUUGUUCGAUCUGAUGAGAUAGUAUAUAAGUCUACACGUGCUACACUUCAAUCACUCUGGCAUGAAACUUCUUACAAAAUGCAAAGCAUUCGGGACAAUCCUAAAUGUGCACAACAGGAGAAUGAAAACAUUUUGGACAAUUCCGAUCCUGGCGUUGGUUUCCAUUUGACCUUUGAACAUUCUCCCAAGUCAGAUUUGAUUUUGACAAAUCGUCCUAAGGUUGCUGUUUUGCGUGAACAAGGUGUUAAUGGGCACUUGGAAAUGGCUUAUGCAUUCCAUGCUGCCGGCUUUACUCCUGUGGAUGUUCACAUGACUGACAUCAUUAGCGGUAAACAUACAUUAGAUAUGUUUGUUGGCAUAGCCGCAUGCGGCGGCUUCUCGUACGGCGAUGUUUUAGGAUCUGCUAAUGGUUGGGCUACUUCAAUCCUUUUACACGAUACCGCUCGUCAAGAAUUUUACAAGUUCUUUAAUGAGCGUAAAGAUACUUUUGCUAUCGGCCUUUGCAAUGGUUGUCAGUUGUUCACUCGUUUAAAGACACUAAUUCCUGGUGCUCAAUGUUGGCCACUUUUCCUUUCAAAUGAGUCUUCGCAGUAUGAAGGACGUACAGUAAUGCUUCAACUAGACUCUAAGAAUUCGGAUAACUCUAUUUUCGCUAAGGAAAUGGGAGGCUCGCGUAUUCCAAUUGCAGUUGCCCAUGGUGAAGGUCGUGCUAUGUUCGAUUCUGCGUCUGAUUAUGAAAGAUUCAAGCAAGAAGGUUUGGACAUCCUGUACUAUGUUGAUAAUUAUGGUAACAGAACAAACCAAUAUCCUUUCAACCCCAAUGGAAGUACGGAUGCAAUUGCUGGCAUUCGCUCACCUUGCGGUCGUUUCUUAGCUAUGAUGCCACAUCCAGAACGUGUUGUCUUAAAGGUGGCUAAUAGUUACUAUCCCAAAUCAGAAUCCGAAAAAUGGGGCAUUCAUGCACCAUGGAUCCGAUUGUUCCAAUCCGCCCGUAAAUGGGUGGGCUAAAUUUUAGCUACUUAAUCUUAACGCUAUUUCAUACUUAAUUGCAUCAGUGAGAUUCUGAGUUUAUUUUGCUAAUUAAUUCGUCCUAACGAAAACUUUAAUAAGUUUGAAAGUUCAAAACAAUUUUUGGAUAAUAUAUAAUUAAUUUUAUAUUAAUAAAAGUACCUUAAGAAGGA